AUGGCAAUGCCAAGACCAGUACAACCACAUGAUACAAUCACCGUCGCCCUGUCGUCCGGAUCUACAAUGACAAAGAUUAGAGACAGCUGCCACUCUUGUGCAGUAUCCAAAGUCAGAUGCCCAAAAGAAAGACCAACUUGCUCACGAUGCGAAAAGAGGGGUAUCGCCUGCGAGUACUUUGUCACAAAACGUCCUGGCCGCAAGCGAGAGAAGCAUCGUGAUGCCUCCCAUAGCGUCGGGAGCUCUGAUAGAAGCUGCACUGAAGGCUCCAAUGUCGGGGAGAAGCAAGAUACCUUGCCACCCGCAGAAACGAGUCCGCCGUCGCCACCGCUCAGCACUGUAGCUGACUCUGCCGAAUUCUCUAGCGAACUUUCCGCCGAAUUGGCCUGCUUUAUGAAUGGCUUCACAGAUACCACUUGUUCGCUUGAUCUCUUAGGAUUGCCGAAUUUUUCGGCAAUAAAUGAUCAAUUCACUGACUUUCUUACCCAACCAUUUGACAUUGAGGCUGAGUUGCUCAAUGUUGGAGGCUCUUCCAUCCCGCAAGACCACCGCGAUAUCGCUGAUCUUCUUAUAUCGGACGACAGUAAUAUAGACCUAAACAGACUAAACCCAUCAUUUGGUCGCACGAUGCCGUUCGACUUGUGCCCAUCUCUUAGCAACAAUCUGGCGCAGUCAUCGAGUAGCGAAAGCGCAGGCACUCAAUCAGAGUUGAGUACCAUGUGCCGCUGCAUGGGACUAACAAUGAGCCUCUUACACAAGGUCUUCUCGCCCGAGUCUGUGUGUGGCAGCUCAGGCAAUUCAGUUUCCGGCUCCAGCGACGGGACCGUUGGAAGUACCUUGUCCACCAUUGCCGUGUUGGAGCAGAACAAGGAAACCACUCAAGCAGUCAGCAAUAUGCUGCAGUGUUCUUGUACAGAGACGGGGUACAUGACGACCAUGUUAUCGAUAAUCGUGUUUAAAGUGCUAGAGCUAUAUGCCAUGGCAGUGCGUCAAAUUCAUAGCGGGACAAGUCUUGAAGGUAUGGAGAUCAGCUUCGGCGGUGUCCGGAGUCAGACGAUGGCCACUGCGUCCAUUAGACAGCUUUGUAUAGACUAUAGCUCGUUGGAUGACCAAGCUACAAGGCGAACAACGACUCAGCUGAUAUUGGGAGAGUUGCACCAUGUCCAGAGUAUAGUAAACCAGUUGACGUUACGGCGGAACGCUCUCGCGGCGAGGGUAGCUUUGGAGCGGCCGAUGGACUCUCCGGUCAGUAGUGGUCGACGGCGAGCAGAUACUUUUUCGGCAGCUACGUUAGGGCACAUAGAAGCAGAUUUGCGAAGAGGCCUUACCGCACUUUCUUCUGAAAUCAUUGCGAGGCUGCGGCAUAGUUGA